UCUCCGGGUCCCGGGGAUUACUGAGAAACUCGCGGUACUUACUACUUAGUCAGUUUCUCUACGUCCAAAGAGAAGAAAGGGUGUGUUGAUAUUUUCUCUGGAAAUGUGCGUUUAAGAACUUUCAUCAGAAAUCAUAGAAACUAUGGCGAAACUACUUGUUGUAUCUAUGUUAGCUAUGGCGGAAGGAAUUCAAAGAUUUAUCGAACCUCCGACAUAUCGUGAAGUUAACCCCGGAGGAACAGUCCUCAUGAACUGCGUUGUUGAGUCCAUGAAGGGUGAGUGUAGGUGGGAGAAGGACGGAGUACCAAUUGGAUUAUAUCCUGGUAAAUAUGAGAUGGUUGGAGAGAAGGAUGGAGAUUGUACACUCCGUAUCCUGGCAGCCUCCAUGGAGUUCGACAACGGGGUCUGGCAGUGUCAGGUCACUGCAUCAGACUUUAAACAGAAGGAUACUCUUAUAUCAGACGGAGCUCAACUUGUUGUCCGAGUUGCUCCGGAGUCAGUCGAGAUCAGAACCAGAGAACCAGGAUACUCCUCCCUCCACCAGGACGCAGAGCAAGAUGAGAAGGAGUCACCAGAAACCAUCUCAGGACGUGCCGGAGACGAAUUGAACCUUGAAUGCAUAUCAGUUGGAGGAAACCCUGCUCCCACCUUGUACUGGUAUAUUGGAGACAAGAUUAUGCCAAGUAAACAAACUCAAGAAAAUUUGAAAUCUGACUCAGGAUCCUGGAAAUCUGUCUCUAGGCUCAACCUUCCAGUGUCAAGAGAGGAUAACCUGGCUAAGGUUCGAUGUGAAGCAUCUCAUGAUGCUCUGGAGGCAAACCUAGUGACUAAUCGAACCCUGGAUAUUAUGUAUCCGCCCCGAGCUACAGCAUCAACAACAGCUACUGGAGUUCUAGCAGAAGGAUCAACGGUUGUGUUCUCCUGCUCUGCUGAGAGUAACCCUGCAGCUUCUAUAUCCUGGAGGAGAGCUGGCGGACCCGUCCUGACAACUGAAUCUAGUUUCACAAUACAAUCUGUAAGUCGGGAUUCCGCUGGAAGAUAUGAAUGCAUUGCAGAAAAUAUCCUGGGUUUAUCCAAACCCUCAUCAGUGGAUAUCCAGGUUCAAUACGCUCCAGUUAUAGUAAAUGUUGGUCCCAAGACGACAGUAGAGUCCAGGACUGGUGAGAAGAUAACUCUAUCCUGCCGGGCUCAGGGUGCCCCUAAACCUAAUUAUCAGUGGUUGCAGCAACUACCCACCGGGGAGGUGCUAGUCCGGGGUUAUGAGAGCGAUCUUGUCAUUCCUAAUGUUAGUUACGACCACCAGGGAGAGUUUGUGUGUGGAGCUAAAAACUCGAUAGGCGAGGUUCAAUCAGAUCCAAUCAGGGUUGAGGUUCGAGGUGCUCCGACUGUAUCUCGUCUGACCGUGGCUAGCGAGGUUGUAGUUAGGACUGGAGAAGAUGCAAACCUUGAAGUGGCGUUCUGCAGUAACCCGGAGCCAACCCAAACCUGGAACCUAGGACCUGUGGGAGGACAAAAUACUAACAUUGUCCUCACCUCGAACCAACGACAUGGACGGUUUGUUGUGGACAACCUUACUCCCGUCCUUGCAAAGGACUGUUACAUUGCUGUUCUCCGUAUUCUCGGAGCUCAUCCGUCCGACUCCAGGGACUAUGUUCUAGAACUAAAGAACGAUCAUGGAAUCGAUACUCACCCAGUUAAACUUGUCGUCAUUGAUACCCAGGUCAGUCAGGAGAUAUUUAUCGCCAUCGUUGUAGGAGGGAUCCUGACAGUUCUCCUCCUCUCCUUGAUCAUCAUCUACCUGGUCAAAGCGGACAAGUGCUGCAGAACGGAGAAGAACGAGAAGCAGGAAGCUGGUAGCGACAGAACAGAUGUUGAGAGCUGUCACAGCUCUGUGAGUAAUCACAGUCACAAUACAGUUCUACCCCCGGAUGCUCUCUACGGGAUUGUGAAUAAAAAGAGUAAAAUAAAUCCUGAUCAUAUUUUUAAUGAUUCAAACGAGAAGCUUCGUCCUGAUCUACUCCCCAGCCUGAGCAGAUCUGGGAGUCCCAACCCGAACCUUGUUGAGAAUAAGACAAACUACAAUGAUCUUUGCUUCCCUAAAACUUCCAACUGCGGGAGCAUGAAGAGAAAGAAACAAAGGAACCAAGGAGUUGACUGUCAGCUGACCAACAAUACCUACGGAUACAUCAAUUAUCUCAAUUCAGAGAAUGCCGCAAAUAAUUUUGUGAGCAACAAAAUCUACGAAUAAUUGAACCAAAUAACGCGCCAAAAUUGUUUUAAUUUGUUUGUUAGGCUGUGAUUCUUGUAAAUAAUUGUUGUAAAACGCUGUUUAAAUCCUCAGAUUUUAUAAUAUAAUACUUCAAAAGAA